AACGCGUCACCGGCGGUCUGUAGGACCGCGCCGUUCCCUCCAUUUCCAGGCCAGGCCGCCUCCCACUCUCCUGUGCUCAGUCCGCGCCGUGUUCGUGUCCCGCAGCAUGGAGUACGAGUGGAAGCCGGACGAGCAGGGGCUCCAGCAGAUCCUGCAGCUGCUCAAAGAGUCCCAGUCCCCGGACACGACCACGCAGAGAUCCGUGCAACAAAAAUUGGAGCAGCUUAACCAGUUUCCAGACUUCAAUAAUUAUUUAAUAUUUGUUCUCACCAAGCUAAAAUCUGAAGAUGAACCUACAAGGUCUUUGAGUGGGCUGAUCCUGAAAAAUAAUGUUAAAGCUCAUUUUCACAAUUUUCCUAAUGGAGUUACCGACUUUAUCAAGAUUGAAUGUCUGAAUAACAUCGGGGACUCGUCUCCCUUAAUUCGAGCGACAGUGGGUAUCCUGAUCACAACAAUUGCUUCAAAGGGAGAGCUACAGAACUGGCCAGAGCUGUUGCCAAAAUUGUGUGGUCUGUUGGACUCUGAAGAUUACAACACAUGUGAAGGAGCUUUUGGAGCCCUUCAGAAAAUCUGUGAAGACUCUGCUGAGAUUUUGGACAGUGAUCUUUUGGAACGACCUCUCAAUGUUAUGAUCCCCAAGUUCUUGCAGUUCUUUAAACAUAGUAGUCCAAAAAUAAGGUCGCAUGCUGUUGCCUGUGUUAAUCAGUUCAUCAUUGGAAGAACCCAAGCUCUUAUGCUGCAUAUUGACUCCUUUAUUGAGAAUUUGUUUGCUUUGGCCACUGAUGAAGAACCAGAAGUUCGUAAAAAUGUCUGCAGGGCUCUUGUCAUGCUGCUUGAAGUCCGAAUGGACCGCCUGCUUCCCCACAUGCACAAUAUUGUGGAGUACAUGCUGCAAAGGACACAGGAUCAAGAUGAAAAUGUUGCUUUGGAGGCAUGCGAGUUUUGGCUGACUCUGGCUGAGCAACCCAUUUGUAAAGAAGUUCUGUGCAGGCAUCUUACAAAGUUGAUACCAGUCUUGGUAAACGGAAUGAAAUAUUCAGAGAUAGAUAUUAUAUUGCUCAAGGGUGAUGUAGAAGAGGAUGAAGCGGUUCCUGACAGUGAGCAGGACAUACGGCCUCGGUUCCACAGGUCACGAACAGUGGCUCAGCCACAUGAAGAAGAUGGGAUUGAGGAGGAUGAAGACGAUGAGGAUGACCUUGAUGACGAUGAUACGAUAUCUGAUUGGAAUAUAAGAAAGUGUUCAGCUGCUGCUCUUGAUGUGCUUGCGAAUGUGUUUCGGGAUGAACUUUUGCCACACAUAUUGCCUCUUUUGAAAGAAUUACUUUUCCAUCCUGAAUGGGUAGUAAAGGAAUCUGGAAUAUUGGUUCUUGGUGCAAUUGCAGAAGGUUGCAUGCAGGGUAUGAUCCCAUACCUCCCCGAGCUCAUCCCUCACCUUAUUCAGUGCCUUUCUGAUAAGAAGGCUCUUGUGCGCUCCAUCACCUGUUGGACCCUUAGUCGCUAUGCACACUGGGUAGUUAGCCAGCCCCCAGACAUGUAUUUAAAACCAUUAAUGACAGAGCUGCUAAAACGAAUUCUCGACAGCAACAAACGAGUUCAAGAAGCUGCUUGCAGUGCCUUUGCUACCUUAGAAGAGGAGGCUUGUACUGAGCUUGUCCCCUACUUGGCUUACAUUUUGGAUACUUUGGUCUUCGCAUUCAGCAAAUACCAGCAUAAAAACCUGCUCAUCCUUUAUGAUGCUAUAGGAACGCUAGCGGAUUCUGUUGGACAUCACUUAAAUAAGCCGGAAUAUAUUCAGAUGCUGAUGCCUCCACUCAUCCAGAAAUGGAAUGUUCUAAAGGAUGAAGACAAGGAUCUCUUCCCUUUACUUGAGUGCCUAUCUUCUGUUGCUACUGCACUUCAGUCUGGUUUCUUACCUUACUGUGAACCUGUGUACCAGCGUUGUGUGAACUUGGUACAAAAGACUCUUCAACAAGAAAUGGUGCACAAUAACCAACCAGACCAGUACGAGUCUCCGGAUAAAGAUUUUAUGAUUGUAGCUCUGGAUUUACUCAGUGGAUUGGCGGAAGGGCUUGGUGGUAACAUAGAACAGCUUGUCGCAAGAAGCAACAUCCUUACGUUAAUGUACCAGUGCAUGCAGGAUAAAAUGCCAGAGGUACGGCAGAGUUCUUUUGCAUUAUUAGGGGAUCUCACUAAGGCUUGUUUUCAACAUGUGAAAGUGUGCAUUGCUGAUUUCAUGCCCAUUUUAGGAACAAACUUAAACCCUGAGCUAAUUUCUGUGUGCAACAACGCCACUUGGGCUAUUGGUGAAAUUUCCAUACAAAUGGGAGCUGAAAUGCAGCCGUAUGUUCCCCUGGUGUUGCACCAACUUGUAGAAAUAAUUAACAGGCCCAACACACCAAAGACACUCUUAGAAAAUACAGCAAUAACAAUUGGUCGUCUUGGUUACGUUUGUCCUCAAGAGGUGGCCCCCAUGCUACAGCAGUUUAUAAGACCCUGGUGUACUUCAUUGCGGAAUAUCAGAGACAACGAGGAGAAGGACUCCGCUUUCCGUGGUAUUUGUACGAUGAUCACUGUUAAUCCUGGAGGUGUAGUUCAGGAUUUUAUUUUUUUCUGCGAUGCUGUUGCAUCUUGGAUUAAUCCAAAGGAAGACCUCCGGGACAUGUUCUGUAAGAUUCUUCAUGGAUUUAAAAACCAAGUAGGGGAAGAAAAUUGGAGACGCUUCUCAGACCAGUUUCCGCCUCCCCUUAAAGAACGUCUUGCAGCUUACUAUGGAGUUUAACCUAGAUGUGCUGUAGCUGCAGUCUCAACAUUAGGGGUCCUUCAGUCUGGGAGACAGCGGGGGAGCCUCUGCACCCAGGGAAAAGCUACCCUAUUGUAGGGGGGAAGGGCAAACCAGUAGGGAACACAGUACAAUCCCAAAGCCUACUGGGAGGGGCGGGAGGGAGGUGUUGCCGUCACUGUAUUAAGUCGAUGUCGGGAAACGUGUAAACGUCUGGAAGCCUAUGUGGGUGGAAACAUGUCUCCUUAACAAUUCUGCACUGGAUGUGAAGAAGCAAAUUCUAAUCGCCAAACAGCACAUUCUGGUAUAUGGGGAAGGGUACUUUAAAGGAGUACCUUACAAUUGGACUCUAGAGGGGGUGGAGAUAGAGGAAAAUAAUUUUUGCACACUUCAGAGGAAAUCUUCAGAAUGGGGUUCUAGCAGUAAAUCGCAUAUAUUCUAAAGCAAAGGGUCGCCUAACUAUCCCACUAAUUGGGAGUUCUGUGUUUGCAUGUUAAUGAAGACAUACCUAGAUGAAGUUGGCGAAGUUAAACACAGCUUGCUAUGUGUGUUAAGUGCAGGUAAUUGCAAUUGCACUUCAGAUGCCUGUGACAUUAGUUAAGAUUUGCAUAAAUUGACAUCCACCAAAAUGCCAAAUUUAGUAUUUUUUUUUAUGAUUAUUUAUUUUCUUUCAGGAGGGGGAGUAACUAGGUAAAAAAAAAAAAAAAACUCCUUAGUUUUAGUUUACUAUAAAUCUUUAAUAUAGGCAUAUAUUUUUUUAAGAGUCACUCCUUUGCUGAAUGUUAAUUUCUGGGGUUUUGGCAGCAAAAUUAAAAUGUUUAAACCAAGGCAUUUAGUUCUAAUUUUUGAGAUCGUGAAGUGCUUUGCACCUUCGUGCAGUGUCAUGAGGAUUUUCCUUGUUUAGAGGUCUGCAGGAUUCUUUGUAGUGGUUAAAAAACUAAAAUAAUAAUAAUUUUAGUGAGUUAAGUAGCAUGCUUGUAUCACACAUUAAGAUAGGCCAACACAUACUCAUAUGCGCCAGGAUCUUUUUUUUUUUUUUUUUCAGUUUACAGGUGAAAUAUGCAUUGAUUGCCUGUUUUUAAGUUUCUUAGAUAUAAUUUAAGGAUACAUUUUAAGUGCUGCAGAGUACGGUUAGACCUUAGCCCUUAACCUAUCAAUAGGGCCUGCCACACUGUAUUGCAAGCCUGUCUGAUGGAAAGUGGUGUAAAAAAAAAAAAAUAUCUCCAGCAUCUGUCAAUUUGAAAAACAAAACAAAAAAAAAUGUAUCACAAUGUGGAAACUUAUCUACUUGUGGAAAACCUUGUUGCCUCUGUACUGUUAGUGUGGUGUGCUACUUGCAUGGAUAAGUACUAGUGAUUACUACAAGUUCUGUGGAGUAAGAUCAGUCUAAAAGGAUGCAUAUGUGUUAGGUGGCGCAUUUGGAAAACUGUAGACAUCAAGGUAAUUGCUAUAAUUCACUAGUGAUUUUCACUUUAAUGUAUUACCCCCUCUUUUUUUUUUUUUUAAAAGCAUGAUCAUAUACAAUUAAUUUCAUAAAAGCAGGGUAUCUGCUCUAUUGGCGCAUGCUGGUGGCCCUUUGUACCCUAAGCAGAUACAUUGGGGUGCGAAUUAAAUAGCAUCAGAAUGAAAGAUGGGUUUUGGUUCCUUUAUUUUCUCCCCCAUUUCAUUUUGUUCUGUUUUUUUGUUGCUUUUCUUCACUUUGUAUUCCUGUGAAUAAACCCUUAUUAAUUUAACCUUUUAUUUUUCUUUCCAUGUGUAUUUUCUUACGUACUGUGAAUGUGAAAAUUUAACUGGCACUCCUAAUGAAGGUGUCCAUGUAAAAGUGCAAGUCUUUAUUAAUUCAGAUUGCCUCACUGGUAUCCCAUGAUGAUAAAGAAAUCUCCUUUGAGACAAUGUUAACUCUGCAGGUCAGAGUUCAACCGACACUCUCCAUUUUCUUAGAGCAGAUUCUAAAGCUUGCAAGCAAUGUUAAGCCAUAACCAUUUUUCUAGAUUUGUUCAGUUCGUUUUGCGAAUGAGACAUUUGUAAUUAACUUUGUAAAGCAAAAAAAAAAAUUCCCUGAUUUGCAUGGUUUUAUUUUAUUUGUUGAGUAGCUGAGGUGUGAACUAUUGCACUAAACCUUUUACAAGGUAGCAGGAGACAAGAGGACUUAAAAUAUUAAAGGCAACAUAGACAAACAAUCCAAGGAAGUAAUGCUGUUGCAUAAGUAUGGACAGCCCCGUCUUGAAUUUGUUUUAAUUUCCCUUUUGAUAUGAAAACUAAGGGAAAUGAAUGGAAAAGUGUCACAAAUGUAAUUAAUUUUGCAUUUAAAGGGAACCUGUCAUCAUGAAUUUUGUUGUUAAUCCAGGCACAAUGCCUUGUAUGGUGAGCUCAGCUGAAUGUAAUGAUACCAUAGAUUAAUUAUUUUUCUGGACAAAAAGUACAUUUAACCUAAUAAUGCAAAAUGAUGUAACUUGUCAUUUGUGUGUAAAGAAAGUAUGUGGCAGGCUCAUGGGCUGAGCCCACUCCAGACACAGUAGGUGCCAGCUGUGUAAUACAAAUGACAAAAAAAAAUAUUCUCUAACCUGUUAGAAAGGUACAUGAUAACUGUAGUGAAGGUAAUCUUCUCACCAGAGACUGUAUUUGUGAGUUAUCCCCUCCCUUAUCAUCCUCAGUUUUUUUUUUUCCAAUAAGCCAGUUUCUCUAUGUAUUCCUAUAGGAGCCUCAAUGUCUGUCUCGUAGAAAUUAAUAGAGAAGUAACUGACUUCCUGUCCUGUGUCGGUUGGAGAUCAGAGUGGUGGUCACCUGACACAGCUCAGGAGCAGAAGGGAGGUUAUAACUUGCUAAUAGUCACUGGUAAGAAAAUUUAACUUCCCUACAGUUUACAUCAUGUACCUUUUCUAAUGUACAAAUUUGUGGGAGUGCUACUUUAAAUUGGUCAUUUUAACUUCUCAAAGGCUACAAUUAAUGGCAACAGUGGCAUCUGAGCAGACUUCCUCUGUUCUUGGAUAAGACACCUCUCACUGGGGAAAUCACGGGGUUCCAAUAGCAGCCUGGUGCCUUGUGAAGGCCCCCAGGUCUGCCAUAGGAAACUGUCCAUUAAGCCCUGCUGCAAGAUUGCUUGUAAAGAUCCCAUAGAGCGCACUAAGAGGACUAUAAGUGAAAGUAACAUUUAAAAAAUGUGUAAAAAUCACAAAUAAUUGGUAUCACCACAUCCCAAAAAUUCCUGUACUACUAAAAUAUAAAAAUAUCAUGAAAGGUGAACACUGUAACAAAGUUAAAAUUAACUUUUUUUUUUCUUCUUUUUUAGCCACCUUGACCACCCCCCCCCCCCCAUAUCCCCCAAAAAACUAAAGCGAUCAAAAUAAAUGUAUUCAAAAAUGGUAAAAAGAGCCUGCCCUGUAAAAAAUAAAAUUAAAAAAUCCUCACUUCUAUGUAGAUGGAAAUAUAAAAAGAUAUGGGUGUAAGUAAUAAGAAAUUUGGUUCCACUGUAAUCAUAUUGAUCUGCAGGAUAAGGUUGUCGUUUUUAGUGCACAGUGUCGUAAAACAAAACCCAAAAUACCAUGGUGAAAUUGCGUUUUAUUUAUUUUUCACCCAACACAGAAAUCCUUUUCCCCAUUUUUUUAUACAUGUGGUACAUUAGUCGGUUACAAUUAGUCUGGCAAGAAAUAAGCCCUCAAAUGUUAAUGGAAAGUAAAGAUGUUAUGGCUCUUAGGAAAAAAAUGAAAAGGCAAAAAUGAAAAUUGUCCUAAUCCUUAAGGGGUUAAUCUGUAUGCAAAUGAGCCAGGCAAAGUGACUGUGCUGUAACCUGUUGCUGUCAGUCAGGGAGAUGAGCGUAGUUUGGGUCUUCCCUUUUGUGCACUUAACUGCCCACUUGCAGAUGGAUUAAAAGUACUUAUUCUCCAGAAUGAAGCAAUAGAUCGCUGAGUGAAUGGUAUCAUUUAGCCGAGCUAGCCCUACAAGGUAUUGUACCUAGCUUUUAAUGGUGAAUUUCAUGGUGACUGAUUCCCUUUAAUUAUUUUAUAUAUAUAUAUUUUUUUAAAUACAUUUACUUUCUAUCUUAAGUGUUGGCCUGUAGUUUAGAUGGCAGUCAGAAAUGACUGAACCUAAUUUUCUUAACACAAAGUGAAUUUUGACUUUUUAUGAAACCAACUUCACCACUUCACUUGAGAGUAGCAUCCAAGGGAGGCAAUAGGUUUGCUUAGUUUUGUAUGCAUUGAAGAUACUCUUAUUUAAAAUACUACUCUAUAUAAAACUCUACGGUCUGGAACGUUUAAGAGAAAAAAAAAAAGUACAUUUCUUUCAUACAAAUUUUUUUUUUGCAGGCCAGCAAUAGGAUGUUCCCUUUGACUAUUACAUUGACUUAGAGCUAUCAGAGAGAGAGAGAGAGAAAAAUAAAACCAUUCAAAUGCAACAAUUCAUUUUCUAAGGGGAAAACGGGUCAUGUUAUCAAUGUUUUUGGUGUUUAAAAAAAAUAAUUGUCUCACAAGAAGCCAUUUUUAGACACUUUAAUGGUCACAGGAGACAGGGUUGCCUUUUUUUAGUUUAUCAUCAAUAGUUCCUUGAUUCUUGCAUCAUGGGAUACAUAAAACGUCUUACUAUUGUGGUCUAGUCUUGAGUUUUUGAAUGUCAAUGGAAUGUUUUUAGAUUUGUGGGUCUUUGUCUUGUUACAUUCCAGUGUUUCUGCCUCUUGGCAUGCUAAAAAAGCACGGCUUACAAUGUCUGUCUCUCACACUGAAUAAAGUGCUGUUAGAGUGCUAAACUACAGAAAUAGCCGCUGCUAUGUGAUGUAGAUUCUCUACUUGAAUAUUUUUAUGUUGUAGGAACCUCAGGAGGUCUGUGUUUACUGUUUUUAUAUCUACCUUCUUUCCUGUUUGAGCUUCCCUAUUUAGAAGGACUUUAACCAUGAUCAAAAAAACUGCUCGUCAACCUAAGUUGGUAACAGAAAGCAGAUUCUUCUUUAUCCACACAAAUGAUAUGGUCACUCUAGUGAAAACUUGUUCACUUUGACGAUAGUAUGGACGGAGAAGAACUUUUACUUAAAGGGGUUUCAGAUGACUUUCAGCGCCUCUCCACUAUAGAGUCCAUUACAGGGUUGGCUUUUUUUUUUCCGACACAAAAAAAAAAAAACGUUUUUGAUUUUGUUCCAUGGGUCAAGCACUUGAUAUAGAACAGAGCUGCCAUAGCCAACACAUUUUUCAAUUUGAUAGGUUUUUAAGAUGGCUGAUGGCAUUUGACUUGUAUAUAGUCAGUGCAUGGAUGCUAGAGUGUGUCUGGCUUUAGUUUUGUUUCUUGAUGAAUAACCCCUUUCCUAAAUGUGUUGCUCAAACUGUAGUGCACACUGCUACACAUAGAGCUGUAGGAAGGGACGGUAAGUGUUAUCAGACUACAUUUGAUGUGAGAAAUAAUGUCGAUCCCAAGAAACCUCAUGCCCUCUCCACUGACUUUUUCCUUUCUUUCUGCAUUUGACUUAACAAAUCCCAUAUAUUCAUGAAACUCCAUUCUUUCACCUAGAGGCCUCUUCCUAAAGAAGGCUUUUAAAAUUAAUAGCUGUAUGAGGAAAAGACCGCAUGAUAAGCAUGUGUUCACUUGUAUUGCGUUCUCCACAUCAUUCAUAAUGUUCUUUAAAGGCUAUGGAAACCUAUUUAAUUUUGAGUUAAAAAAAAAAAAUAUAUAAUAAUUUAAAUCGGUCAUAAAAUUUUCAGCCCCUUGCUCUGUACAGCAUUGAGAUUCCCUAUUAACAGAUUGAAGACUCGGCUGAAGACUAAUGUGAAGGUUCAUCUCUGAUCUCCUGACGGCUCAUAAACGCUAAUUAUAGCUUAAUUCUUAUCAAACUGAUCAUAAUAUGGCUUAAAUUUUUAGGAGCUCAGAAAUGAGGACUAUACAUAGUCGGCAGAUUAGGCACAAAGUGAAAAUGAGACGCUCACAGCCAGGCUAAAACUUGACCCAUUAUGACAAUAAACUAAUUAAAGUUAAAUAAAGAACAAUUAAAAAUAUGAUUAGCCCAAAAUGAGUAAAAUGCAAUCAUAAAAAAAAUUGCCCUCAAAGGUGUUCAUAGCCUUUAAGCUGCUUUAUCAUUGCCAUUUCAGAAAGUAUUUUAUUCAUCAUUUCCAAAUGUCUUGUGAAAAAGGCUCAAACAUGGAGCAAGUUUAACUAACUGCUUGUUCUUUGACUAGCUGUUCUAAAACUGCCUAUAUGUAAUAAGUGUCAAGACUGCUUGUCACUUUUCUGAUGGGGAGUCACCAAGUUUCAGAACAAAAGUGUGACCUUGUGCUUUCGUAAGAACACUAUUGAAACCCUCCUUGAUAUACAUACUUUUGACAAUUGUCCCUGGUUGUUUGGUCAGAGAGUCUCAUCGCCAUCUGAGGGACCUUGAGUAGAGAAUAGUCUUCUAAAUGUAUUUUACUCCUAAACUGAAAACAGGUGAUUCUGAAGCAUCAGCCAGGUGCCCUCUGGAGGUACUUUAAGCCGUUUAAUGAAUGUGACUAAUGUCUAAAUGAAAAGAAUGUUUUACUGUCCUCUCUAGAAACCUAGUCUCUCAGGAUCCAGAGGACAAAUUUGAGGACCACUCUCCUUAGGGACUACUUUAAAGCACUAUGUUUGGAAUAGAUAGCCAUCCGUAAACUAAUCGUAACACUGUGAAUUAAGAACAGUUCAAACAGCCAUGUGAUAAAACAAUCAAAAGUUAUAUUUUUCUAAAGCAAUAUGCACAUAUGAUAAAAAGGGAAUAACACUUCUCAUUAGCACUUCCACAAUCCUUUUGAUAUGGGCACAUAAUAUGGUUGCAUCUUUCUGCUGGCGACUUAGGUUGAGUGCAUUACUGAAUAAAAGCUUUAUGUCUGAUUGUUUCCUUAACCUAGAUGUUCUUUUACACUUAUAUCCUCAUGCAGUCUAAUACAGGCUUGUGUAACCUGUGGCUCUCCAGCAUUGGAUAUGAGAAGUUCAACAUCUGGACAGUCCAAUGUUGGCUGGGCAAACUUAGAGAUGAAGUCUAAUCCUUUGGAGGGCCACAUGUUUCUUACCUCCGGUCUAAUAAAUAAAAAGAUAUUUCUCAAGCUUGCCUUGGCUUAUUGAACUACUCUUUAAAUAAAGAAAAAAAAGUAUGGUUUUAGUUUUUGAUAAGCUGCUGAAUUUUAAAUGUUUUUGGGGCCACCAAAUAUUUUGGAUCAUGCAAAGAAUAUAUAUUGUACUGUAGUAAUUUUGUAUUUACAUUUGUAUGAUGUGAUAAUAGAUGUGAAUGUUAAUCACUGCUUGGCUGUGUUAAUAAAGUUGUUUAAGUACU